GGGGGAGACUGAGGACUGAGUCACUUCAGUCGGAGCCAGUCAGUGGCGAGGCGAGAGCUGUAACUCCAUCCCCUCGCAGCUCCUCCUCACUCGGUCCCCGUCAGGAGCAGCGGCGGCAGCGCUACCGCCUCGGCAGCGAUUACAACAACCGGCGAAGCUGCGGCUCCUCGGCGCCGCCAGAAGCUCCAGCCUCUUUCCCCCCUCCCCACCUUCCCUUCCCUCUCAAUCCCGUCAAGGUUCAGGGACCACCAACUCUCAGUGCCCUUCUUCACCCUCCCCCAGUUACCCUGAAACCACAGCCACAUCUACCCAAAAUGAGAACAUAAAGCCACUAUUUAUAUAAAAAGCCUCAGCCUACCAUUUUAAAAUUAUAUUUUCAAAGUCCCUGUCUUCUAUUUCCCUUCAAAUUAAUGGUGGUUAUCGAGCCCUGAAAAUUCUCAAGAGCAGAAGUGUGACCAAACCAAAUUUUGCCAUGAGUGGACUUCUGAAACGAAAGUUUGAAGAAGUGGAGGGUGAUCCUUGUUGCUCCUCAUCAUCUCCUUCAUCAACCUCCAACUCCCCGUCUUCUUCAUCUUCCUCCACAACUUCUUGCUCUUUGUCCUCCUGGGACUCUGACGAUGACAGCUGUUGUGGUGAAACAUGGGCCUCUAGACAUACAUCAACACCUUUUACCCCUAUGCCCAUCCUGAAGAAAGCUAAACGCACCAGAAAGAACCACGUCCAGUUUGACCGUGUCGUUGUGUUUUAUUUUGCACGAUGUCAGGGGUUCACCAGUGUUCCAAGCCAAGGUGGCUGCACCCUGGGCAUGGCCAACAAGCACAGCUCGUGCAGGCAGUACACACUGGCAGAGUUUGCCAAAGAACAGGAGCAUGUUCGCACCGAGAAAAUCAAGGAACUCUUGAAAGAACAGAAGCUGAAUUCACUAAAGCUGCAGUUGACUAAGAAUGGUACCACUGACUCUGAAGAGGCUGAUCGGCUCACUGUUGAUGACAUUUCGGAUGAUGAUAUCGAUGUUGGCGAGCUGGAGCUAGACAGCAGCUUCUUUCCACAGCCGUACCCAGCCAAGAAACGGCAUUCAAUGCUAAAAGCAGCUGGAGUAAAGAAGAUUGACCGUGAGGAAAAGCGGGAGCUGAAUGCAAUCAGGAUGUCACGUGAGGACUGUGGUUGUGACUGCAAAGGUUUCUGUGAGCCAGAGGCGUGCAGCUGUAGCCUGGCUGGAAUUAAGUGCCAAAUGGAUCGUAUGUCCUUUCCGUGUGGAUGUACAAAGGACGGUUGUGGUAACACCAUGGGCAGGAUAGAGUUCAACUCUGCUAGAGUACAGACGCACUUCAUCCAUACCAUCAUGAAGCUGGACUUGGAGACGCGGCAUGUAGACAGUGUGAAUAAGAACGGAGAGUUGGAGACGCCACUCCUGGAGAAUUCACAGCGUUGUGGUUACUCAGCAGACAAGAACGUGUUUCAAGACAGAAGUGCCUCUGUAACGCCGGCCUUUCAGUACAGUGAGGAGUCUGACGACAGCGAGGAAAACAGCUGUAGCAGUGACAUGACAGACUCCUCUUCAUCGAGUUACAGUGAGGAGGCAGAUGAGGGAGCUGAUGACCACUUCUUGGAUAAUGGACUGCAGUCUCGUCAGACUGCAGGCAUAGAUGAUGAUGGCCUAGCUCGGAUACUUCACUUUAAUGAUUCUGACAAUGAAUGCGGUAAUGAUACCGACAAUCGGGAGGGAUUUCCUUACUUCAGCCCCUCGGACUUUUUCUGCGAGGCUGGUGAUCAACACAGUGGCAUGGGAAGCUCGAAGUUCAAUGCUGAGUUUUACACUAAUCACUUGUCCAGUUUGGAUGAGAAUGCCAAUCAAGAGGGGAGUUUCCCCUUGGGUGAUACAGCUCCAAUGCAAAGCAACAACCAAGCAUGUCCUUCUUCUCACUGCCCAGAACAGAGCUCAAAAAGCUAUACUGACCUCAGCUUAUCGACUGACUCUUUUGAGUUUUUCCAGUCGUUUUCAGAAUUCAACUAUGGAUCAUUUCACAACUCUCAGAAAGACUAUGAAAGUAUAGAUAAUUGUCCAACACUCCAAUUUCAGUUUCCUGGGUUUCCUAGUUUCUCUCAAGCUACUGACUCUGGUAGCUGUUUCCUAGAGUCUCUCAUUGGUUUAACAGAGCCAAUCACAGCAGACUCAUUCCCAGAGCCUCCCACCCCUUUCCCUGACAGUCAACACCUUGAAGAAGCCAUCAAAACCUCCAUCAUGGAAACUGUGAAGGUUUGACUUUGGAUUAUUGAAACGACUAGUUCCAAGAUCCUUCAACUCUUCUAAAAGUUUAAAAGAUACCUUACUGAAAUAACUGAUGUAUUUUUGGGGGAGGGAGUGAUAACACAAUUGAGUAAAAUGUCAGGGAAUUUUUCUCCACUAAUUGUAUUCAAUUAUAUUCACCUCAGAAUCUGUGAGACCACAAAUGGCAAAAAAAAAAUCAUCUUGGACAAUGGGAGAGAGACUCCCUAUCAGUUAUGUUUUUUUUUGAGAAGACUAGAUAUUGUUGAAACCAGAAAGGUAUUUGGCUGUUGUAAUAAUGAUUCAUCAAUGCCAAAUAUCUGUGGUACUUUAGUGAGGAGUGAGGCAGGUAACAAUUAAAGCAAAAAUGGAAGAAGUUUGCUUGUUUGGCUUCUUUAUCAAUGGAUAUCGGACAGGUAAAAUUAUUUGGCCAAUGAUAACUUGAUGUCUUUUGUGACCAGCCCUGUUCAAAGUGUCACCAUUGUGAUUUCCUGAACUAUGUGCCAUCUUUUGUUACUUCUGCAUCCCACUUUCAAUUCUGAAGUCAGUAGCCUAUUCUAGACAGUGGUUCUGUGUUGCUGCUAGAUCUUUGUAACCUCAUUCCAAUACCUAUGUCAUGAAAUCAUGUUUUAGCUAGACAAGCCUGGUGCUUGCUGCUGCACAAAUGUUCUCUCCAGUGAAAGUACUGGCAAUGAAAGUGGAUGUCUUGGGUGAUUUCAUACCAGUCACUGUAUCUGAAGCGCAGAGAAACAAACAGCCUAGUAGUUGCCCUCAUCGUGGUUGAGAUUAAACUUUGUUAUUUCCAGUGUGACUGGUUUAGCAACAAUAUAUUGAUACACUACUCUAUUGGCAGCCCCCAUCAUUCUACUUACAAGUAUAGGUUGAAGCAUAUGAAUUGGUUCACACCUGCUGUAGUGGGUGGAGUAGAAAUAUUUCUGAGUGAAAAACUAUUUCUUUUAGCUCAUGGUGAGCGCUGUGACAGAAAUAGUGCAACAUUAGUAUAGAUUGAGGCAACUUCAAUGACACAAUCUGCAUUUAUAUAGUGCCUUCAACAUUGAAAACUUCUUGGGUAUUUCACAGGUGCAUUAUCAAGCAAAAUUUGACAGAUUGAGAAAAGUUAAUCAGAUAAGUACAUCUUGACGAAAAGGUGUGUGUGAUUUUUAAGCUCUAAAAUGGUGAAAGAGAUGUAGAAAGACUUGAGGAAAUUAAUGGGGUAGAUGAGCUGACAUGGUUGGAAAUGGACUAAGAAAUUCAUGGUUCACUACAGUACUAGUAGAGGAUACACUAGGGUAAGGUCAAAGCAGAUUCUGAUUUCCCAACCCUGCUCGUUUGAAUCCAGAUCGUAAAAGGUGAAGACUGCAAUGUGACCUCAAGAUGGUUAGAGACCAUUACCAAACAAGUAGAAUUGGCAACUUCUCACUCUUAAUCUAAUUCCAGUGUGUAUAUAUAGAGCACUGGUUAUGUCAAGUGCCAAGAGCACUGAUACUAUGCCAACCUUCCAAUGUAUAGUUUUAGGCAACUCCUCUUUGGCCAGCAAUCUGUUGAUUUGCUCAUUUCCUGUCUCAUUCACUGGAUCAAUAGAACAUGGAAUUUUUUUAAAAAAUUAAACUUUUGUAAUUGAUUCUUUUUGCAUUUUACAGUGGAAUAGGAUUGGCCCGCUGCAUUCUCAGAUGAAAAAAGACUAGCAGACAAUUUAUUUGUACAUUUUAGAUCAAGCACUCUAAAACAGAAAAUGCUGAAAGUGCACUGGAAGUCUGUGGUAUGAAUGUUAAAUGUAAGCCUUCAAUGAAGGAUUUCACAAUCUAACAAUCACUUUAACAAUGCUGCCUUGCAUUUUUUUUUAGCAUUUUGUGUUUUUUAAAUGUGGGAUUUCCAAUAUUCACAGCCUCUAUUAAGACACUUUGAAUAAUAAAGGGUUAAUUCACAGAUGAACUGAUUUACUAUGCAAAGUUUUAACUACAGCUGAGCCCAACAAAUCAUGAUCUGUAAGUACAAAGUACAUUGAUAAAGCCAACCUGAGACAAGGUAUUAACAGGAGAUUAAUGAGUAACUUUUUUGUAAUACUGUACCUAGUAUUACAUGUGCAGUUUUUAUUUAUUUUGUACUUCUGUAUUUAUUUAUUUUUGUACAUGCAGUACUGCAAGAAGCACUGUGGUUUAAUAAUGAAACAAUGGAAGUGCAAUACAGCCUUUCCGUAGCACUGAUCCCUCUGAUCACACACUGUUAUAAUGGCUAAGUGUUUGCUUGAGCAGCACUGUCACUAGUCCGAGUUCCACAACGCAAGGGUGAACAAAAUUGCAUAUAGCCAGCUGCAUGUUGUAUUGUCACCAUGCACUCCACCCCCAAACACCUUUAUGUUCAUCACCUGAAAAUGGUCCUGCAGUCACCAGGAUUAUUGAAGAAGUGAAGAAAUCAUCAGUCUUCUUUCUAAUGUUUUCUACAGCCCUGUGAUGUCACACACAAGCUAAAUUCAUAAAAGCAAAGCUGUUUAUGUUGCUUGAGUGCCAUCUGAUGCAAAUAUUUCCUACCAAAUCCUAGUGACAGUAUUGCUCCAGCAUGAGUUUGUGGCUUUUCUCCCAAGAUCUCCACAAAAGAUUUGAGAAGUACCUUCUGGUAGGAAAUAAUAUUUUUAAAGAGAAAAAAAUGUGGAUUGCAUUCAAACAUUUAAUGUUUUUGGGCUGUAUUUUUGGCUUGAAGUUUGUAGCUCUAAAGGUGCUAGCGAUUUAAAAAUCUUACAUUAUUUAAAAAAAAUCUGCAAAAUAGCUAAUUUUUUGUUAAGCUUUACAGUAUAUAAUUUAUUGAAAUUCUGUGAGGAAGUGGCAUACAUGGGUUCAGCCCUGUGCAAAUAUGCAGAGGAACUAUAAAUGUUUUAUUAGCAGAGGGGUAAAUUAGAAUAUUAACAAUAAGAGCCAAAAGUUGGAAUAACCAAACUGGCAAGUUUUUUUAAAAUUUAAUUAAUGUUAUUGACUUAUUUUCCAAAGAGCUCUCCUGAUGAUAGGAUUUUUAAAUGUCUAUUUUUUCAUUUUUUUCUAUGUUCCAUCUCCCUGGUAUUUGGCACUGGUCAGUUUUGAAAAAUAACUGGUGUGUGCACUUCUCUCAGAUUUUGAAAGUGACAGGAGUUAACUUGUGCAUGAGGGACAAUUGGCACGUUCCCAGUGCUUUACGAAUACCUACAAAGUCACCCUGUGUUCUAUUGCAAGCAAGGUAGCAGGAAUAAAUUCAAUAGCGUUAAACACAAAACACAUUUGUCAUUUCUACCUUAUUUUAAUUAAAAUCAGUAAUAAUUAAUACUUCAGAUUUAUUUCCCUUUUGUUUCUCUUAGUUUUACUUUGUUAUAUAAAAAAUAAACUUGCAUUGACAACUUAAAAGUUCACAAAUAUCCGAUGUCCCCUUUAAAGAGAUGCUGAUGAAUAACACUAGGAAAAGAGCGAAAUAGACACAGGGAAUAAAUCUCUACAUUAAGCCAAGUCGCCAACAGCACAAGCUUAAUCUUUGUGAAUGAAAGUGGCUAAACAUUGAGCAGAUUCAAUUCUUGAAUUAUAUGCAUAUUCAAAUUUGAAGUAGCAAACUUAAGACUUGCAAAGCUAACUUUAAAAAAGUUUGUUGGUGAGUUGGAAUCAUCUAAACGUUUCUGUAAAGUACUUGCAUCCAAGUUAAAUUUCACUUCAUGUUGCUUUGGGCUUGUUACAAUAAGUUUUUCCAUUGACAUUUCAGCUCAUUUGAGGAAAGGGAGUGUGUUUUUUGUAAUGUGGGGAAAAAGGCUUUGUGGCCAAUUCAAGACUUAUUUUCCCCCUCCGUGCCCCCCGCCCCACCUCCCCAGUGAAGUUUCUCUGCAUAAGAAUCCUGGACCACGCAACAUGCAGCUGUACUGUCCUUAAAAAAAAUAUAUAUAUUUAUUUUUGUUUCUCUUUUCAGUUGCAUGUGUCUAACAAAUUCAUUUCCUUUUUCAAAG